UAUCCUUACCCAAUAAAAAGGCUCGAAAAUUUGAGUUAUAUCGAAGCAGUAUUAUCUUUUUUAAAAUCUUCAUACUAUACCCCUCAGAAUAUCCACAUUUUAAAGAUAACGCUUAAAAUUCCAACUUAUAUCAUAAUUCCAUUUAAAAUAACAGGGCACCUAAUUAUAAGAGAAUUAAGACUAAUUCUCAAAGAAUUAUGAUAGCUGCACAAAAGAAGAGGAAAAGGGUUCAAAAGAAUAAAAGUGCACUAAAAAAUGAUGGCACUCAAUUGACUGAGUUUACUAUAGCAGAAGAAACUGAUUCAUCAGAUACCUUAAAUGAUAACAAUGAUUCCAUUGGACAGAGAAAAAAUAUCAAACCAUCAUAUAAAAAUCUAUUCUGUGAUGAAAAUAACUUCCCAACACUUAAAGAGCUUGAAGCAGAAUUACAAAGCAAAUGGAUGGAGUUAAAGGAUAUAAAAGACAGAGAAAUCAAAUCAAGAUUGGAUGAGUUAGAAAAAUUUCAGACACUUCAUCACUUGAUAAAAGAUAUUCCUAUUUUAAAAUUCCUAGAAUUGGGUGGGACAUGCGAAGCAGCCUACACAUGGAUAGCCAAUGAGGCAAAUAAAAAUUCAGAAGAAGAUUCUCCUGCUGUACAUAAUUUGCAAUCUACUGUCAAAAGAAGUGUUCGUAAUAGAAAUAAAAAGAAUUCCUCUCCUACGAUCUCCCAAACAUUUACCCAAGAUUCUUUCAUCGAUAUUGGCCAAGCGCUGCGAAAGGAAAAAAGUUUUGGGCAGUUAUUUAAACCCUUCUCGCCAAAGACCCUAUCCCAGAUCGUCGAAUCGUGUAACAAACUUAUCGUUUACAAAACUGGCAAAAAACCCCGCAAAAAAAGAUGAUCAAAUCUUUCGAUAAUCCGUUCUAAUAACUGGAAAGAAACCCCGCCAAAAAAAGGAUGAUUAAUCCUUCGUCAUUAUAAAUAUCGUAGUAGCUUUUUUUUAAAAAAAAUAAAUAUAUUUUUUACUAAAUGCAUUAUUUUGUAAAUGACAAAAAAAAUUUUUUUUUUUUGACACAAACAUUGUAAUUAAUUAAUCUU